UAUUAAGCAACCAAGGCAUUGAUCAUUAGAGGAGAAAAGAAAGCAAUGUUUGAAUGUGUUCAAACCAUCAUCUUUUUUGGAGUUUUCUUUGCAUAUUUGAUUCAAUUUUCUUCUGCUUCUGUUGUUUCAAUUGGGGACUAUAAUAAGGAUUUCUUUGUUACGUGGUCUCCUUCCCAUGUGAACACUUCCGUCGAUGGUCGAGCAAGAAACUUGAAGCUCGAUAAUGAUUCAGGAGCUGGUUUUGCAUCAAAUGAGAUGUUCUUAUUUGGUCAAAUGGACAUGAAGAUCAAGCUAGUUCCAGGCGAUUCUGCUGGCAUAGUUGUGGCCUAUUAUCUGACGUCCGAUCAACCGAACCACGACGAAAUCGACUUCGAGUUCCUUGGCAAUGUGGAAGGGCAACCCAUUAUUCUUCAAACUAAUGUCUUUGCUGAUGGGUUCGAUGAUAGGGAAGAAAGGAUUAACUUGUGGUUUGAUCCAACAAAAGACUUCCAUACAUACUCAAUUCUGUGGAACAUUUACCAAAUUGUGUUCAUGGUGGAUUGGGUGCCAAUCAGGGUAUACAGAAACCAUGCAGACAAGGGGGUGGGGUACCCAAGGUGGCAACCAAUGAGCCUAAAAGUGAGCCUAUGGGACGGUAGCAGCUGGGCAACAGGGGGUGGAAAGGACAAAAUUGAUUGGUCAAAAGGGCCUUUUAUUGCUUCUUUUGGGGACUAUAAGCUUGAUGCUUGUACUUGGAGAGGGAAUGCAAGGUUUUGCAGAGAAAUUUCAAGCAAAAAUUGGUGGAAUUUGCCCAAAUACAGCACUUUAUCAUCUUCUCAAAGAAGGCUCUUCAAAUGGGUCAGAAAGAACCAUUUGGUUUAUGAUUAUUGCCAAGACAAUUUGAGGUUCCAUGGCCAACUUCCUAAGGAAUGUUCUCUUCCCAAAUACUAAAUCAACCAAACCCCAUACCGUUCUUCGUUUUUGAUUCCCUUUGUUCGUUUUUGUUAUUUUUCAUAUGGUAAUAUAUAUCUCUAUCGAUGCUUGAUGUAUAAAUAUACUUGUGUUUUUUGUUC